UCACUGGCCAAUACACGAGAAACGAAUCUCAGAGCUCAGUGGAACUCGUUCGAAGAAAGAUCGCUGGUUCGGCGACUUUUAUUUUCAUAAAAGGAGGUUAUAUUCAAAGUUGCCUGACAGGAUCAGGGGGGAAAACGUGUGUUUGAUCGCCUCUUGACAUACCAUAACGUGUGGGCUACGAAUUGCUGAUACAGAAUGACGUGUUUGAAACUGAUUAUGAGGCGGAGAAACCAGGGAGGAUGAUAAUAAGUGAAGGGCAUGUGCUGUGCGGUGAAGAGCAGUUAUCAGUGCAGUGGUCCAAUUGGCUCGGGCACUCUGCAUUCGGGGAAAUACUCCAGUGGACCUCGAAAUUAUGGGAAUAACUCGUCGACCUUCCCCGAAGAUAUUUGGCCUCGUCUCUCCCAAACGUGUCUUUCUCCAAGUGCCUCACUCAGUGCUUUAAUCGUUCACCCUUAAGUCCGCCCUUUUUUAAAAAAUAUCCACUUAUACUUGUUCUCAGUAACUAUUCACUCCCUUUUGAAUUUUUUUUUUCAACGAAGAGUAAAAAUAACAGAGACCGGUAUUCGAUUCUCCGGAUAUCCGUCUCUGACUCGGCUCAUUCGUUAUCGUCAUGAACCACUUUUUGCAUCUCCGCAGUCGUGUUCUGCAGAGCCUUAUACUUGGCCUCGUCGUAUUCACCUUUUACACGUGUUAUCGGACAACCCUUGAAGAUUAUCGUCCUGUCACGGUGCCUGUCGAUGUUGGUGAACCUGUAAUCAUAAAAAUAGCCAGUCUCCCGAAUACGAGUGAUGCAUUGCAGCAAUCGCCAAAGAAUACAACAUCGGACCCACUCUUGACGAACGCGAUAGCCCCCCACAAUGCGACCUCAUCAACGGGCCCCACAUCCAUAUCAACAUCUCAGGGUCCACAGUCUUCCGCAAGUACCUCGAUCAACCUCUCCAGCAAUGAUCCAACUCUCCACACGCCAAAUGCCACCGUCACCAAGCCGACAAUUCACCAAAAGGACUCAGCUGGUGCCAUAUAUCAACCUGGCCACGACGUGACAGCCUGGGAGAAGUGCCUUGACAAGGGUGAAGGCAAGACUUUGGUGAUUGUGAUAACAUCAGCGCCAUCGCACUCAGAAGCCAGAACAGCAAUACGCCAAACCUGGGGUCACUAUGGACAACGCAGAGAUGUGAGUAUAGUAUUCAUGCUUGGUAGAACAAAAGAUCCCAAACUGGAGAUUAGCCUCGAUGAAGAGCAGAAUUUAUACCGUGAUGUGAUAAGAGGUAGAUUCAUAGACUCGUACUCAAAUUUAACGCUCAAGACGAUUUCAACGUUAGAGUGGGUCAACACAUACUGCUCAGAAGCCAAGUUUCUUCUAAAAACUGAUGACGAUAUGUUUAUCAAUAUCCCUCGACUCCUAUCGUUCAUCGACAAACACAAGAACACUACGAAUGCUAUAUUCGGCAGGUUGGCACACAACUGGAAGCCGAUUAGAAAUAAAAAGAGCAAAUACUACGUCUCUCAGGCGCAAUACAAACCUUUACAGUAUCCUGACUUUACGACUGGACCGGCCUACCUCUUGCCGAGGAAUGUUACCCGUGCAUUGUAUGAGACUGCACUGAGUCAAACUUAUCUAAAACUAGAGGAUGUCUUUACAACUGGUAUUGUUGCUCAAAAACUCGGUAUUGAACGAGUGCAUGUCAAUGAAUUUUUGAAUAAGAAAAUUGCUUACAAUGCUUGCAACGUACAACGUAGUAUCAGUAUACACAUGGUGAAGUAUGGAGAGCAAUUUGAUCUUUGGAAAAAAUUGAUGGACCGCAAAAUCAAGUGCAAGAAGGAGUAGAAAAGUGUAAUCCAUCGAGUCUCUGUACUUGAUGCAUUUGCGUACUGAUUAUAUUCAGUCCAGUGGAGCGAACAAUUGUGGUCUCACUGGGCAUCGACAAUUGUCGAAGCACUUCUUUGUCACAAUCUCUGUUAAUGGAUACGCAUAGGAACACGUGUUUCCGAUAAGUCCACAUCAAUUUGAGAAUAUAAAUAAUACCAUACGUGCAUACGUGUAUCCAUUAACAGCAGGGACAUUAGAUUAACGGGCAAGUGAUAUCGACGUACUUGAAAAAGUUAUCAGUCAUUGAGAUAAGAAUUUUUUAGCUAGGGGAUAUUGUCUGAAUGAGCACUCUCUGUCACUGCUGGAGCGGAUAUUUUACUCAGCCACGUUUCCUUGUUUUACAAACACUCGAGCAUACGAAGGAAGGAACAAUGAGAAUUUUUUUUUAAUCCUUUUACAAACAAUGGCAUUUAUUUAUUUACACGUGUAGGCUAAGAAUUUUUUGAAGACUAUUUCAAUUUCACGGAGUCACGUUACUUGGUGCAUUCGACGAGGAACUGAAUUUCGCUUAGUGGUGCCAUAUGUGUAAUUCGAGCAGAUUUCCAUCAGAUUAUUCCAUUCUCACGGAAUCAGAUAUUCGUGGUAUUUCCUCGAGUGCCAUAUUGAAGAGAACAAAAAAAAUGAGAAAAACAGUGACAUCAGUUUUUUACCUAGUUCCUCUGAUUGAAUUGCAAAAUCAAAUGGAUAAUUAAGAUACGUAAUGGAAUUGAAUCAUGACAGAGUUAAAAACUACUGGAGAACCGCUGGGGUAAAAAGUGAAGAGGUAAUGACUGGAUGAUUGUUCAGCUCAUCGUGUCUGUUGGUUAUUCAUGCGCCUUUUUUUUGCCUCUAUUGAGGAAAGGCAACGGAAAAAAUACCAUCGCCACCGCAUCCUUGGCACGCUUCGUCCUUUGUUUUCCUUUUACUGAGUGAAAUUAAUUUGUUUGGGUUUGAUAGCUGCAUUUUUUUGAUAGACCAAAUUCACUCAAAACAUGAUAUUUCACCAUUUCCCCAAAAUUUUAUCAAUUUUAAUGGUUAUGUAAAUAUUUUCCUGUAUCUAUAUUGUACUUAAUAUUAUCUAUUAGCAGUAUUGUGAAUAAUCAUUAAUCAUUAACUGAUUUUUUGCACAAUUGUUCUCCCCUAUUCUAGAGUGAUAUCACCAUGGAAAACAAUUGUGCAAUAAUCUCAUUUAUUUUCAUUCCUGAAAAUUGUUAUUAAUUAAGUCCUCAAGUUUGUACUUUUAUUUUUGUAUAUUACGGUGAAGAAAACCAAGUCUCGUAUUUUUAAGAUAACACUAGUGUGAAAUACAUGAGUACAUCCCAACUGUGACCAAAUUAUCGGUUCAUCUCGUAUCAAGGUUGCGAAAGAAUCUCUGCAACCUUGUGCGAGUGAGAACAUGGCCUUUGUAAUAUAUUGUGUAUCGAAUGAGCAAGAACAAUUUUAAUUAAAGACCUCAUGUUUACAUAAA